UUUUUUUUUUCUAGAAGAGGGUCCUUUUAGUGAGGGAAAAUGAGCAUCUACUAUUUAGUGCUGUGCUGCAGUCGAAGAUGAAGUAGGCAUGGAUUUAGCAUAAGUCUGUAAUGCUGUUCCAGGAUUGAUCCGACUCAGGGCUGACCCUGCCCAGAUGGAUUUACAGCACAAAUCUUAGGGUAGUAGCAGAGAACACAGUCAGGCUUCUCUAGUUUUGGCAGAAUCCGUGCCACAGUUAUGUAAAUCUUCUCACUGAGCCACCGUAAUGCAAAUAAUACAUAUACAAAGCCUGUUGAGCAAGUACUAUUAUUGUUUUAUGUAGCAGCUUUUUAUAUUUAUAUAUGACAUUCUGGAUUCAGCAAGAGUUCCCAAAAUAUUCUUCCUGUCAACACAAUAAUUUACUCUACCCAAACACUGCACUUUACUCCUUACAUAGAUGAAGUCUCAAGACACAAAGCAUGAGGGAAACAAUCUGCUGGCUUGUGUGGCACCAAGGUUUUCCUCCUGUUUCAACACUUCAGUCUAAUUAGAUGCUUUAAAUUGGCUGAAGGUGCUGUUGUUUAAUUUGAGGGAGGUGGAAAUACAUGGGACCAAAUAUUUUCUUCCAGUUGUGGAUUUUUUAUUUAACAAAAGACAACUUAACUGAUUUUUCAAUUGACAGGAAACAAGAAUGAAAUCUAAGAUAAAUAAUCUCACAGAAGAAUGUUGAUUUCCAUCUUCCAGUGAAGCAGGCAAUCAGUAACACGGCUCUUACAUGCUUUUACAUGUUACAACUUUUAAGUUACUCACAAACAGCAGAUCAUCUUCCUCUCCUUUUGUCCCCAGCUGCUCAGCUUGCCUUAAACAGGCACUGCUUUGAAUGCAGCUCCCUCUCUUUCCACACAUGCUGCCAAAGACCUCAGCCGAGAAAAAAAAAGCAGAAAAUCAUCUUCCUCUCAUCAGUGAUUCAUAUGCUCAUGAACUUACUCCUUGCUCAGCUGCCUAUCCCAGAUCCCACUCUGUUCUUUGCAUUUUAGUCAAAUGCCUCAAUCAAAUGCCCUUUAAGCUCCUGUGUGGCUCUGUGCCAAAGAUAAAAAUGUAUUUCCUCUAUCCAACACCGAAGCUUGCUUCCAAUUUUACUUUUCUCCUUGUUAAUGUGUUGCUAUCUUCCAUUUGUUGGGCUCUUAUCACUUAGGGCUGGUCUCAUAAAAGCUCCCUCUGGUUCAUACCAAAGCUUUUCUCUCUCAUUUCCUAAAUAUAAUCUGUUUGUGUAACCUCCUCCUAAUUCUCCCUUCUACUUUACAGGAAAUUAUUUGGAUUCCCAGAUUUACAGUCUAGCCUCUACCAUUGCCUUCUCCAUGAAGGGUAACUAAAAUUAACUAGCAAGAAACAGAAUCCUACCACAGCCAUUUGAGAGCUUUCAAGCAGGACAGAACAUAAGGCUGAAGCCUAAAAAAAGGACAACUCUGAACUCUCAUUUCUUCACCAUAAAAUUUGCUCAUAAGGAAGACACUCUUGUUUCUUCACAGCUGAGUGGCCUCAUUUUAAAUUUCUGCAGCUAAUGCUAUUCCAGUUUUUCCUGGUUGCACAUUUUUUGAGAAUUGUUUCCAAUUCUUUUCCAAUGGAGGUUUGUGAUUGUAUAGCACUUAAAAAUCCUGAAUAUGAGGAGCCCAGAGCACUGUAAAAUAUUUUGACAGCUUGUUCUUGAAAUCAAAACAUUUCACCUGAAGGGCAUAGUUUGCUUGGGUGGAAAAUAACAGCUCAUUUUCUUAUGCAAAACAAUUCUGUAGCAUACUGAAGGCACACAGAGUUAUUCACAUGGAAAAAUAUAAAUUAUUUUGUGAAUUGCCUAUGCUGUGCAGGGCUGUGGGAAGGUGGGCAUUUACAUAGUGUUGUGAUUAAGGUGUAUUUGCAUCCCCGUGGGACAGGCAUUUCCAUGUUCUUAGGAUGUCAGCAGUGCUUGGAUCAAGGUGGCUUCUCCCAACAUAAGGGAUGCACCCAAGUCCCCGUGGGCUUCGACUGCUUGGGGCAGCAGAACAUUAAUAUUUUUUUUCUGCUGAGAUUACUUUGUACAAACCAGCAAUACCCAAGCAAAUCUCUGCAUGGAAUGGAAUAGAAUUAACAGAGGCCAAGCGCUGAGGAGCAUUAACACACUGACCUGCUGGGAAACACCAGCACAUCCAUUGGAGAGUGUGAGCUUUUCUCACUUUGUGCUCAGUGAAAUAUCAGAGUUUCCUUCCAGAAACAAUUAAGUUCCAAGCAGAGGAAGUACAGAGAAAUACAACCAGCUAGUUUCUAUGGGAAGAAGUGGCUGUGCCUAACUUUGUUAUCUUUCUGUAUUCAGAGGGCAAUCAUAGCUCCUCUCUGCUUUCGUCUUAGAGACAAACUGGUCUUUCAUUCUUCUCCUGCACGACAGUUCAAUUCUCCUGCUCGUCCCAGUAAUGCACCUCUCCAUAUCUGUUUCCAUCUGAUUUCAUCUUUCUGGAGCACAAUUGACCAGAUUCACUGGUUUUUUGUCCCGUGUGAAGUUCAUCAAAUAGAUUGGCCCGAAACUUCUUUUACAGAUCUACAAAAGCUUGAAGAUCAGUCAGAAAAAGAAACUCUGCCUUCCCUGAGACAGUCAGACAGACAAACAGUGGAACAAAAAAUGCCAGUGAAAUGUUGUUUCCACAGGUCAAAUGCUGGGGAAAGCAUGGCCUGGUCUGAGUCUGUGGAUACAGUACUAUCCAAUAAAGAGGGCCUGGCAGCUUUUCGGACAUUUUUGAAAUCCGAGUUCAGUGAGGAGAAUGUGGAGUUCUGGCUGGCCUGCGAGGACUUCAAGAAAACCAAAUCCUCCACCAAGAUUGCCUUGAAAGCCCAGAAGAUUUAUUCUGACUUCAUACAAGCUGAUGCUCCAAAGGAGAUUAAUAUUGACUUCCAUACCAAAAAUGACAUCUCCCAGAACAUCUCUGAGCCCACCCUCAGCUGCUUUGAUGCUGCUCAGAGCUCAGUCUACUGUCUCAUGGCAAAGGACUCUUUUCCCAGGUUUCUGAGGUCAGAAGUGUACAAGGAACUGGUGAAGAAGCACCAGGACAGAAAUCAGAAGAGAUGGCUCCCGUUUCUGUGAGGAAAAACACUGAGGCUUUAGGAAUUGAUAAUGCCUCCCAUUGCAAUUCUGUACAGAUAAUAUUCAUUAUUAAAGUGAUUGCAGAAGCCACUUUCAAGAAUCACCUGUGCCAGCUUGUUUUUAAGUAAAAAUUGCACGUGAUGCUUUCUAAUAACAGUAGAAAAAUAGUCAAGAAGCAGGAUGGAAUAUGCUAGACACUUGAGCUACCUUCCUAAUAAAAAAGUUUGCCAUUGUUGUUUUUUUCCCAGUGUUUGCUUCAUUUUUCAAAGAGAUGUGAGAUUUUAAAGCGUAAUGCUUUGGUUUUCUUGUUUGCUGUUGAUUCCUCUUUAGAAGUACAACCUCCUAAAUAAAUCCCUUUCAGGAGA